CAAUUUAGUUCUGUGGAAUGUGGAUGUACGCCAAACGGAAGUUGACGAUAGUUGUCACUUUGCUGUCAUCGCUCUUUUCGUCUUAAGUUUCUUUAAACGAAAGUUGUGUUUUUAUUGCCGUUCACGUUUCGUGUCAAAUUCAAAGGACUUAAAAAAUGCGUUACGUGGCUGCAUACAUGUUGGCUGUCCUCGGUGGACAAGAAAGCCCAAAGAAUGCCGAUAUCGAGAAAAUCCUCAGUUCGGUUGGUAUUGAAGUUGAUUCUGAGCGCCUUACCCGCGUCGUCAAGGAACUGAGCGGCAAGAGCAUCGAGCAAUUGAUCAAGGACGGUCGUGAGAAGCUCUCCUCAAUGCCAGUUGGUGGUGGCGCAGUUGCUGCUGCCGCUGCUCCAGCAGCUGCCGCCGCCGGUGCUGCUGAAGCCAAGAAGCCCGAAAAGGAGGAGAAGAAGGAAGAGUCUGAAUCCGAAGACGACGAUAUGGGCUUCGGUCUUUUCGAAUAAGUCUUCGAUUCCAACCGGAACUUGCGUGGAAAAACGAGAUAUUAGCAGAGGGCGACCAACACAACAAGCCAGGUCGUGAUGUAGUUACAAAAACAUCCGCAAACUACUACUGUACAAAUUUUCUAUUUCUGUGAAAUAAAGCAAGAAAAAAGUUUUACACGUAUAACUA